AAAAAAAAUUCUUUGAUCUAUGAUUAUCAUUUUCUGGAUAUUUGUAAUAUAAUAAUAAAUAAUGUAAUAAAAUGUAUACAUUUAUAGAAACAUUACGAAAUUCAGCAACUACCUUGAGCAAAAGGAAGUCUAUUAAAUAUGGUUUACCUUUUUUACUAUUUGUGCUGGGGGGUUCAUUCGGUUUAAGAGAGUGGACACAAAUCAGAUAUCAAUUUUCACAAGUAAAAGGUGUCAGCAAAGAAGAAGCUGAAAAAAUGGGACUUCAUAGAGAAAAAAAUGUAACAUUGGAAGAUACAUUUGAAGAAAUACAGAAGCUGGAUAUAGAUAACUGGGAAAAUAAGCGUGGUCCUAGACCUUGGGAAGCUAUGAGUCAAAAAACUUAAAAAAGAAUUUAAUGUAAAAUUGUUGAUCAGUUAUUUAGUAAUUUUAAGUAAGAAAUAAAAAUGUUAAAUAUGAUUGCAUUUUAUUUUCGUGAAGUUG